UUCCGUGUUUAUGGUAUAGUCCACUGACAUGGUUGUUUUGGUUGUAUGUCGGCAAACUGGAGCUAGCUAGUUAGCAAGCUAAUGUAGAUUUUCAGCAACUAUAAUUGCUGUUUACCUUCAUGGCAAAUCGAUAAAUUAGUAUUUAAAGGCACAUUGGAUAACUAGACAUUAAGACACAUCUUUAAGCAGUGAACUGAAGUUUUUUGAACAUUUGGAAAAUGGCCGGGAGCAGCAUGGCCCAGAAAACCUGGGAGCUUUCAAACAGUAUGCAAGAAGUUCAAAGCAUAGAUGAAAUUUAUAAAUAUGACAAGAAACAACAGCAAGAAAUUCUUGCGGCUAAACCAUGGACAAAAGACCACCACUAUUUCAAGUACUGCAAGAUUUCUGCUCUUGCACUGCUGAAGAUGGUGAUGCACGCCAGGUCCGGUGGUAAUCUGGAGGUGAUGGGGUUGAUGCUGGGGAAAGUGGACGGGGAGACUAUGAUGAUCAUGGACAGCUUCGCUCUGCCAGUGGAAGGCACGGAGACCCGUGUCAACGCGCAAGCAGCAGCCUACGAGUACAUGGCUGCGUACAUCGAGAAUGCCAAGCAGGUUGGACGUCUAGAGAAUGCCAUUGGCUGGUACCACAGUCACCCUGGCUAUGGUUGCUGGCUGUCGGGCAUUGAUGUCAGUACACAGAUGCUCAACCAGCAGUUUCAGGAGCCUUUUGUGGCAGUGGUGAUUGACCCUACCCGAACCAUCUCAGCUGGAAAAGUCAACCUAGGGGCAUUUAGAACAUAUCCCAAGGGCUACAAGCCCCCUGAUGAGGGUCCCUCAGAGUACCAGACAAUUCCACUGAAUAAGAUUGAAGAUUUCGGUGUCCACUGCAAACAGUACUAUGCCUUGGAAGUGACUUACUUCAAAUCAUCACUGGACCGCAAACUGCUGGAGCUCCUUUGGAACAAAUACUGGGUGAACACGCUCAGCUCUUCGAGCUUGCUGACCAAUUCGGACUACACCACGGGCCAGGUGUUCGACCUGUCGGAGAAGCUGGAGCAGUCGGAGGCCCAGCUGGGGAGGGGCAGCUUCAUGCUGGGUUUGGACACCCACGACCGGAAGUCCGAGGACAAGCUAGCCAAGGCCACGCGAGACAGCUGCAAAACUACCAUAGAAGCAAUCCACGGUCUGAUGUCACAGGUUAUCAAAGACAAACUCUUCAAUCAAAUAAACACGUCUGCCAACUAACCCUGUCUGAAAAAGGGACAAAUAGACAUGCCCCAUUGCAGACACAAGCUUCCCCUCUUAAAUUUUGUUUGUGGAGAGAUCAAGACAAAAUGACAACAAAAAAAAAACGCAACCAUCUGACUGGCAUUCAUAAUUUCGCUUUUUUGACAGAAAAAACUUUCCUGCUGUAGUUCCAUGUUAUUAAACCUGUACCAAUGAAAGGA